GGUGACCCGGAAGUGAAACAGUUGCUGAUCUCGGCUAAACUUCCAGCUGCUGUGGCUCAAAGUAAAGUCGUUACAACGAGGACAGGACUCAUCAUCGGUCUGACUUCACGUGUGUGAUGGCGCAACACAUAAAAGACAAAGAAGCUUACCAAAGACUGAACUAUCUGUACCAGGCUGCACACUGUGUCUUAUCUCAAAAUCCAGAAAACGUGGAGCUGGCUCGUUUCUACAGCUUCACACAGAGGACCAUUGCAAGACGCCUGGUCCUCAGACAGGACCCGUCUGUGAAGAGAACAUUGUGCAAGAAGUGCUUCUCUUUACUUAUCCCUGGCAUAACUGCUACAACAAGACAGCGAAGGAAAAAACGUAAAACUCGCUUCACUGUGAUGAAGUGUCUCAGCUGCGGGCAGAGCAAGACAUUGUUGAACAAUCCAGAUUAUUGUUUAUGGGCAGAUGACCCAAAGGCACAGCAGGAUCAACAAAAGAAACCAGAUCCAGGCAAUUCUGCUCAACAUCAGACAAAACACACAAAACCUGACAGGUCAGAGUCUUCGAAAUCCAGUGCUGCCAAGAGCACUGCCAGCAAAUAGCACCAGUUCCUCUCUUUUGAUUUGGAAUAUUGAUUCUGAUAUUUUUUUUCUUCUUUUUGGUAUAAAACAUGUGCUGCUGUCUUGUUACAAACAUGCAGAAUCAGGGAAAGUAGUUGGAUGUGAUCUGAAUGCCAACUCCUCUGUGAGAUUAUUUUCAGUAAUCAUUUGUAGCUUGUGUUACUGUCAUUCUUAAUGAUGAUACCAAAUGGUCUUAAUUUCUUUGAAAACACUGGAAAGUACAUUCAUUUUAGAUAUUCCUAUUAUUCGUCCCAAAUAUUUGACACUGUCUGCACAUGCUUGUUAGUUUCAGGUAAACAUCUCUUGACCAUUUGAUAUCUAUUACUUUUCUAAAGCCCCACAUUUUAUUUCACAUUUUCUUCUUUUUCCCUUUAUCUCCUUUUGGCACUCUGACACGUGUCUUCUGGCAAUAUAGAAGGUUCUUGGCAAAAAUCCUUGGAAUAUGACCCAUGUACAAGAGGAGAGCCAGGGUCAUGCCUAGGACACAGACAGUCACUGUAAGCAGUGUGUUCACUUAUGAAGAAUGGACAAAUACAUGAAUGUACAUGAAAUUUUAUUAUAAUUUACCUGUGAGCGAGCCGAGCCAGUAGACCACCGCAUACUCUGUGAAGGUAAAUCCAGGGCAGUAGAAGGUGAGGCCGUAAGCCAAAGAUGGAUUUAUGAAAGAUGAGGUGAAGCCCCUGGCUGGAAAAUGGAAAAUAAAGUUUACGUUAGUUUUACUUUCUUUUAAUGGUCUAACUUACUUUUAUGAAAAAGGAAGCAGAAACAAUUGUCUCAUAAUCAAAAAUGUGUUGUGCAAUGCAAUAUCUAAAAUACAAACUUUUAAAGCUCUGAGGUUUUUUUGCAUGAUAAGAAAAGAACUACGGUUGAGACCGAGGCAACAAGGAAAAAAUAUUUUGCGUGGUAGUUUCGGAGUAGUACAAUGUUUUUUGUAUUAAGUUUUUUACUGAAGUAAAAGAAUGUUUUUACUCUGA